GUAUAUUGUAUUGUAAAAAGGGAAGUAACUCAGGACUGUAAGUUCAGGCUAUGCAACGCAGGGUAUGAUUCAGUACUUUUGGAUUCGCUAAAAAGAUGACAGCAAUUGGAAUCGAUCUUGGCACAACCUAUUCAUGUGUGGCAGUUUUCAGAAACGAUCGGGUUGAAAUCAUAGCGAACGAUGAAGGCAGCAGAGUUACGCCGUCGUGUGUGUCAUUUUCAGAUACAGAGAGACUUAUUGGUGAUACAGCAAAAUCUGAAGCAUCAUUAAAUUAUGAGAAUACAUUGUUACAAAUCAAGCGUUUAAUUGGUCGAACAUACGACGACCAAAACGUCCAAAAUGAUUUGAAAUUGCUUGGAUUCAAAGUAAUCGACAAAGACAACAAACCACAAAUACAGGUCAAUUAUAUGAACAAAGUGACUACUUUCUAUCCAGAAGAAAUAAGCGCUAUGGUGCUUGGUGUUCUGAAAGAAGCUGCAGAAGCGUAUAUUGGGAGUAAAGUCACCGAUGCCGUUAUAACAGUUCCUGCUUAUUUCAAUGAUUCGCAACGAAAAGAGACUAAACAUGCUGGCGAAAUAGCUGGGUUUAACGUACUUCAAUUAUUGAACGAACCCACUGCAGCCGCAAUUGCAUACGGAAUUGAAAAUAAGGAUAGAGGCCCGCGUGAUAUUUUAAUAUUUGAUCUUGGUGGAGGAACGUUUGACGUUACGGUGAUGACAAUAAAAAAUAAUGUAUUUGAGGUGAAAGCAACAGGAGGCGAUACCCAUUUAGGAGGCGAAGACUUCGAUAAUCGAAUGGUUGAUUACCUUUCCAAAAUGUUUAAUGAAAAGCACAGUGCAAAUAUGAUGGAUAAUAAAAGAGCAUUGAGUCGACUACGCGUCGCUUGCGAAGCAGCCAAGAGAAAACUAUCAGUGGCGACAUAUGCAAAGAUACAAAUAGAUGGCCUUCAUAGCGGAAUUGAUUUUAAAGUUUCUCUCAGUAGAGCCAAAUUCGAAGAUCUAAAUAAUGACUACUUCGAAAAGGCAAUUAAAACUGUUGAAAAAACACUUCUAGAAGCGAAGUUGGACAAAAACAAGAUUGACGACGUAGUUCUUGUUGGCGGAUCUACGAGAAUUCCAAAAAUUCGCGAGAUGUUGCAAAAUUUUUUUUCUGGAAAAACUCUGUAUAAAACCAUUAAUCCAGAUGAGGCGGUGGCACAUGGCGCUGCAGCGCAGGCGGAAAACAUAAAGUUAGGAAAGUUUAUUCUUCGCGACAUCGUUCCUUUAUCACUCGGAGUUGAAGUAGAUGGAGAUUUCAUGUCAGCAGUUAUCAUGAAAAACACAAAAAUCCCAACUAAACGCACCAUAAACGUUACAACAGCGCGUGACCAACAGACAACUCUGGCCAUUUCUAUUUACCAAGGAGAGCGUGCAGCUACCACCGACAACAUGUUUCUGGGAGCGUUUCGACUUGAAGGAAUACAUCCAGCUCCGCGCGGAGUGCCUAGUGUAGAACUUUGCUUUGAAAUAGACUCAAGUGGUAUUUUGAAUGUGAGCGCUCACGACAAGAAUUCGGGUCGAAAAAAUAAAAUUACUAUAUUUGAGGAAAAAAGAUUACUGGCGGAAAAAGAUAUUGCUCGAAUGACUGCGGAUGCUGAAAAGUUUAAACAGGCUGACGAGGAAUUAAAAAAUCAACAUAAAUCAAAGAAUGAGCUUGAAGAUUUAGCUUUAAGAACUAAGCAAUCCGCUCAAGACUUACAAGCUGACCAAAAAAUCACAAAAGAUGAAGAAAGUCGUUUAGUGGAAUUAUGUACAGAAACGCUCAGUUGGCUAGAUUUGAAUAAGAAAGCUGAUACAGCAGUAAUAAAGAAGAAGAAACGAGAACUGGAAUCAAUAGCUCAUCCCAUCUUUACGCGAUUAUAUUUAUUCGAUCAGAUAAACCCAAAUUUGGAGACGGAUUUCACUGAAAAUAGCGCAGAGUCCGACGACGAAUUCAGUCCUGACUACGAACAUGUCGAUGAAGAUUCUGAUGAUGAUUCUAAUGCUGCAACUUGUUCCUUUUCGUUAUAUCCUAGUACUGAUGAUAGCACAACUUCCAGUGAUUCCGAAAAUGAGAAUGGUGCAACUAUGGAUCGGCCAUCGAAUUGGGGAAAAGGGAGAGGUACUCUCCGCGCUUCAUUUCUCAGUAGCGGGCAGGAUGAACAGGAAAGUUUAAACAAAGUGACAAGCUUUGAUCAAGUACUGAAAAGUCUACGCCAUAAAUUGAAAGAAACAGACACAAAAGACGAUUCAUGAAACUUUUCAUUAACCUUUUCAUCAAAGUAUAACGUUUUCGAAUGUCGUUCUUGGCAAUCACUAUGACAAAAUGAUAUUGCCAAUUUUGUUUCUAUAAUUUAUCGAAUUCCACUGGAGAUUAAGUUUCUUCUUACUUAAUCGAUUUUGUUACAAUCAUCUCAUUGAUAAUCAAAAAUUACUUAAAUACCAAAAUAAUUUCAAUGAUACUUAUUUCAGAUACCGCAAACACCACCUUAAUUAAUGAUAACAAAUACGAAUAUAAUUUUUAUAUAAUAUUUCGUUUAAAUUUCUUUAAAUAGACGAUUUAUUCAUAUUCAUGCUGAAUUAUUACGUAAUAUGCAACUAUAUGUGUGUACAUCAUUUUCCUGAUAAUUAAUUGAUGAGCGUUGAUUAAAUAACGCAAUGCAUCAUAUAGUCAAAAUGAUAUAUAAUUACUGAGUCUAGUUAGC